GUCUGUGGUGCCCCACCGCAUAGACAGGCAGAGCAGGCACGCUCACGCAGGCACUAAGGUGAAAACGGGAGAUGGGCUGAAAUCCUAUACACGCUGUCUACACAACUUCUUCAGUGGUACAGAACCAUCAUUUGCCGGCGACGUUUGCGUGCUUGUGGCAUGAGCAGCCGGCACCAUGCCUUACGUGGAUCGGCAGAAUCGCAUCUGUGGCUUCCUGGACAUCGAGGAGCAGGAGGGCAGCGGCAAGUUCCUGCGCCGCUACUUCAUCCUGGACACGGGGCUGCAGGGGAGCCUGGUCUGGUACAUGGACAACCCACAGAAUCUGCCCAUAGGUGCAGCCUGUCAGGGUUCACUUAAGCUCACCUACAUCUCCAAGGUCAGCGAUGCCACCAAGCUGAGGCCAAAGGCCGAGUACUGUUUCGUCAUUAACGCCGGCAUGAGGAAGUUCUUCCUGCAGGCGAAUGAUCAGCAGGACCUGGUGGAGUGGGUCAAUGCACUCAACAAUGCAACCAAAAUCACUGUGCCAAAGCCUUGUGAGGCAGCCCAGGCAGGUGAGCUGCAGAGGGGCCAGUGUGAGGGCCAGGGCUUCAGGAAGCAGGUCUCCUACAGGACCGAGAUCAUAGGAGGGGUCCCCAUCAUCACACAGACUCAGCAGGAGGGAGCAGACGGCCAGAACGGCGGCGACCGGGAGGCCCUGAAGCGCUCCCACAGCCAGCACCCCUACCGGCCAGCCCAGGAGCAGGCCGUCCUCAAGGCCGGCUACUGCGUCAAGCAAGGAGCUGUGAUGAAAAACUGGAAGCGCAGAUAUUUCAUCCUGGAGGAGAACUCCUUGAGCUACUUCAAGUCUGAUCUAGAGAAGGAGCCUCUGCGUCUGAUCGCGCUGAAGGAGGUCCACAAAGUUCAGGAGUGCAAACAGAGCGAUAUAAUGAUGAGAGACAAUCUAUUUGAAGUAGUCACAUCCUCCAGGACCUUUUACGUCCAGGCUGAUAGCCCAGAGGAGAUGCACAGCUGGAUCAAAGCCAUCUCGGGGGCCAUCGUCGCCCAGAGAGGGCCUGGCCGAACAGCCGCUUCAAUGCGUCAGGCCAGACGGCAUUCGAACCCUUGUAUUCAGAGGUAUUGGGCCCGCGUCGCUGAAGGCAGCACGUAUGAGCACUCUGUCGGUUCCUCCUUUUUCUACCGCUCCCUCUCGUGCGGCCCCGCCCCUCAGCCGCCCGCUGGCGGCGUGCCAGCCUGCGGCGAGUGGCGAGGUGCCGCGCGGCCUGGCCUGGGACAGCGAGCACUUCAUGAGCCUGUUGCCGCUCCCCCGGCCGCAGGCCCGCCUGUCCCUGCAGGAAACCCGUCUCUCCAAGUGAGCCGCCAUCGUCAUCAUCACCAGCAGGAGCAGCAGGAGGAGGAGGAGGAGGAGGAGGAGGAGGACGACGAGUCGCCGUGGCGAAGGCGCAGCAGCUUCGAGCCGUGCCCUCCCACGGAGCCCCCCCUGGAUCUGGAUGAUGCUGAGCUGCCUGUCAGUUUGGUCUGAUCUUUAACACACACAUACACACACACACACACACACACACACACACACACACACACACACACACACACACACACUCACACACUUACACACACACACACACACUCUCUCUCCCCUUGCAUUGGUUGUUAGUAGAAAACGUGAGUGGAACACAGUGGGAGAGAUGAGUGUGGCGACUGCAUAGACGAAACUGGAAUCAUGGAGAGAGCAGCCUUGGCCUGACCGAUGAGAAGAGAUCGGAGAAGCUCGGGGAGUGUUAACAAUGGAGGCUCUUCACUCGCAUCAUCCUGCAGGCAAGCUAACAGACUGCGUGGCUGGUCGUCCAGGACAGAUCAGCGCAUACUUUGGGGUGCUCUUUCAGACCCCCCCCCCCCAACCCCCCCCCUUUUUAAUCUAUCUUUUCAAAUCGGACAAGCCUUCUUCCAUAGUGGCCGUGCUGCCAGCGCCGAACCAUGGCAGUGGCAGGACUCCAGUGUGUGAUUGCUGUAGGCUAGCAGGCUGCUAGUAGGUUUGCAGAGGGAGGCCAGUGGAGAUUAUAGGCUGCAGGAAAAGGCUGGUCAUGAACGGAGUGGAAAAAGGGGGAAGAUUCAAGGUUUCAAGGUAAUGUGGACAGACAGCUGUCCACUGGGAACGUAUCCUUUCUAGGCCUCUUGCUGAAGAAGUGGAAAGAGAUAUGUGUUUGAGGGAAUGGACUGUUUAUCCCUUUUUGUCCCCCUCCUACAUUUUAUUUCUUUUUUUCUUUGCUUGACAUGAUCUGAAGCCAAGAUUUGAGGACUUCAACACAGGCAAAAAGCUGUGAAAAUAACCCCAAAAAUAACCCAAGCAGUUAGUCAUCGGUUUAUUCUACCGUAACGUUUUUUCCUAACCAUAUAUUAAAUAUGCUAUCAUUAAACAGAUGAAAGGGAGCAGGCAAGUGUUUUGUACAUGCUCAGCUCGCAGCCUUAAAUUACUCACUAAUCAUGGCCAUGCCACACACAUAUGCACACACACAUGCACACAUACAAUUCAACAGUCAUAUUUUGCCAUGGCUUAUUUCAUGAAUUUUAAAGCUAACAUUGAAAACAAACAGAUGCAUCCCGUGUUGUAGAUAUAGAAUUGUAGAUACCCUUAAAAUUUCUAAAAUCUACUGUUUGGAAAUCGUGAAUCUAAGUCACUGUAUUUAGUGUCUGGUUUGGCCUAUAAAAGUUGGGACUUUGAAUACUGUACUGAGAGGUAGUAUGUGACAAAUUGAAAUACAUAUUUUUGCAACCACUUCUUAACUGUCACUGCGUAGCAGAAAAGAAGGUCCCUACCCCACCAGCGGAGUUAGUAUAAGCCUUAAGCGCUGAUGAUAAAUAAGCCACAAAGAAUGCCUACAGGCUGAGACGACACAGAAUAAAAAGGUCCUCAGAUCUGGUGCAUAGCCUGUGACUUGUCAAGCCAUGGGUCCUCAAAUGUUACUACCCCUAAUAGCUGCAAAGAAGGGUGCUGAACAAGCAUCAUCCUUGGACCGUGUAGGCUUGGACUUGAGGUCACUGCGGAAAGCACAAAGAGAGAAAGUAGGACGUUUCCAAGACGCCAAACUGGAGACUACCUGAGUGGAGGUAUAUGUUUUCCUUAUGGGGUGAGGAGCGUGUGGUACAUAAACAAACUACAAGCUGCAGAGUAGCAUUGGCUUGCGAAACAAACAAUCAGACAGUGGCAGCUCAUUGGUUUGAGGGAGUCUUAAUAAAGAGAUUCAUAACAAUGUUUAAACAUCUGAUCUGCAUUAGAUUGAAGGUUCCUCCUUUUACUGACUGAACCAGAGGCUAAGAAAACUUAAAUGUCCGUGGAACCCAUAUCUAGGGCUUGAUGUGGAUUCCUUGUUUGUGUUUUGUGUUUUUUUUUUCCUCCACUUCUUUAUCUCUGUUUAAAAUAUUGAGCACAGGAGAAUUGACCAAGUGUUUAUAUAUUUGUGUUACAUGUGCCAGCAAAAGCAUAGUGAAUUGCCUUCUUCAGAUGCUCUGUUAUCCUAGGCUGUCUUUCUUUCCUGUUUGCAUUUGCUGUGAUCUCAAUGGUUUCGAGAAAGCUGUUAAAAGGCUUGAGUGAGAUUGAUGCCAAUGAAAUGCCAACUGAUCAUGAUCACCCUUUUUUAGAUAUACUUCCUGUUCAUAAAGAGACUGAAUGGAAGAUGCAAGCGCAUUUUACAUGUGUUUUAAAUGUAUGAGAGUAUUAAACACACACUGUUUCGACAAGUGGCUUGUUGAUAACUGUACUGAGAGUGGGAGACAACAGUUCCAUUGAAAGAGGUCCACUAAUCCUGUUAGCAUUUAACUAAAAUGCGGUUUAUUAUUUAACCAGCGCAGAUUCUUGUGUUUGUCACAGCAGCAGGACUGGAUGUGGUCAGCUGAUUAUCUCUGUUGUGUGAUUGGCCCGUUUGAUACCCGUUAACGAUCAUGCCAUCGAUAUCUGUUUGUGACCGUUUGUAGACCGCAAAGCUUUUAUUUUGUAUUUGGAUGGAGUUAACUGCUGUGUUUCGUUUCAAGUCUGGACCUUUUGUAUUCCACUGCUCUCCUCUAGAUUACUGCUGCACAUGUGCCUGUACAUGCCCUGCCAAACUAUAUGUGUGUAAUUGUGUGGAAGUAAGCAGCCCCGCGGUUGUGUGAGUUUAUUUGUGAGAGUGUUUUAAUAGGGCCUGUGAGUUUGCUGCAAAAUCUGUGUUACUGUCUGAAAAAGUGCCUGCGUAAUUUCUACUUUUAAAAAUAAUCAAAUUGUUUUAAUCCAGAUUCCACUCGGUUCAUCACAACUGGUGUUACUGAUGUUCUUUUUUGUUAAUUUUGUGUUAUUUAUUCUAUGGUACAAAAAGAGGAAUAAACAUUUUUUAAUUCAAACAA